CAACUAAAAUUGGCAUGAAAAUGCUUUCUUUUUUCAAAGUGCCAAUUUUCUUUUCAAGCGGUCCAAAAUAGUCUUUUAUUUGGCGCCAGAUGAUAGUGAGAGGAAAUUAUACAAAAAUUUUCACGAGCUCUGCGCCGAAGCGGUGAUCACAGAUCGGCAAAGCGGCGAGCUCCAUCCGUUUCCUCCUAUCUCUUUCCUUUUAUCUUAAUUUCUCGGGCUAUGGGAGACGAGAUCCCUUCGUGCCCUAGCCCUAUCUAUCUUCUACCACCGGCACCACCGCCGACGCCAUCUCCAACCCCGGAUCCCCUCGAAAGCACCACCAGGAAUGGCGGAUUCACGCCCAACCGGCGUCCUCCCUUACGGUUCACGACAGAGUUUGAUAGCGAAGGCCCUCUGUUCUUGCACAAGGUCUCUUGCAAGUUCUUCGACAGUCUGGCCAAGCUUAAAUUUUCCUUUCAGAACAACACCAAAGGCGAGAUCUUUUGCCCGCAGCUGGGAUUUAUAACCAAGAAUCUCUCAGUUCUCUACGACUUUGAAUCUCGAAACGCUCUUCUGAGGGGGUCUCUGGAUUUGGGCCAAAACUUGCAAUUACGGACCACCUAUGAUGUGCAGAGCGAUCAGAUUUGGAUUCCAGAAUAUAUCGGUAUAAGGUGGUCAACAAAAUAUUCGUCUGUAUCAUUCAAUUGCAAAAAUAAGAAGUCUAUUCUUACUAGCUUGUACUUCGGUAGUGUCUUCCAAUUCAACUAUCAGUAUCACAAGGAACAACUAGGAGCAGUUGCAGUGAUAGCAAGUCUGCCCAAUCCUUCAGUGAAAUUGGAAUUGUCAUCCUCGGUUCCAUCAAAUGGGUUGCCAAGAGCAGCUUUGCAGUUUCCUUAUGGUGAAAUUGCAUUGGAGCAGAGAGAGAAUGUUGAAGAAAAGAUUGAAGGCAAGAAAAUUUUAUCAGUUGAUGGUAUAUUGAAAAGUCCGAUGUUGAAUGGAAUCGGCACGGUUGUGUACAAUGGAAAUGAUUUGAACCUUCGAUAUAUUUAUAAGGACACGAAAUUGUCAUUCAUCCCAUGUAUCAAUCUACCUUCAAAUAAAGUGUCAUUUGCAUUUAAACGGCGAUUCAGCCCUUCAGAUAAAUUUAGUUACUGGUAUCAUUUUGACUCGAGUGCAUGGAGUGCUGUCUAUAAACACACCAUUGGAAAAGAUCUCAAGAUUAAAGCUGGUUAUGAUUCGGAUGUGCGUCUUGGCUGGGCAUCUCUCUGGGUUGGGCCUGAAGAUGGAAAAACGAAGGACGCACCUAGGAAGCUGAAAGCUCAAAUGAUGCUCCAAGUUCCUCAAGAUGGCAUCAAAAGCUCUGCUCUUAUGUUCAGAGUGAAAAAAAGAUGGGAUUUUUAGCUCUUUCGGUUGUCUUUGAUUUUCCAGCCAUAUGAUCUGAAGGGACAAGGACUAAGGUUGAUGGCCUGGAAGGAUCAUUUGAGCCAACCUCCAUUGAUGACGGAUGGUGGAAGGAUGUCAUGUUGUAAUGUUAGUUUAUAUGAUGAAUAUUGAAUGUUGAAGUUGUACAGACUCUUUAUGGUAAUUUAUGCCAUUGCAUUGCUUUUUUUUUCUGCCA